AUGGAGACGACACUGUUGCCGAAAUCCAAAAAGUGUGUGGGACCUCCGAGCAAGUUCGAGCGCCUGGUCCAGCCCUGCAUAGCUGAGAUGGUGGGUACUGCGUUCUUCGUGUUCAUCGGCUGCAAGUCAGUCAUCGAGAACACUGAGGCGACGGGAAGGUUUCAGCCGGCGCUGGUGUUGACGACAAGGGAGAAAUACGCCCAGGCCACUGGCGCGGCCUUCACCGUCCUCCAAUCAGAGGAUCAUCUGGGGGCAGCCAUCUUUGGAGAGGCCGCCAUGACCUGCCUGGUCACUUUGGUGGUAUUGAUGGGUGCAGUCAACCGCAAGAGCAAGAGCCCCCUUGUGCCCUUCCUGGUGGGCGGAGCCAUCGUCAUCUGCGUCCUGGCUGGGGGCGACGUGUCCGGGACGUGUUUGAACCCCGCCCGAGCUCUGGGGCCGGCGGUGAUCACGAACUACUGGGCGCACCACUGGGUGUACUGGGCGGGGCCCACAGGGGGCAGUCUCGUAGCUGCUGCUGUAGUGAGACUUUUGCUUGGAGAUGAAAAGACCCGUGUUAUCCUGAAAUGACAGGGUAGCUUGACGGAAUCAAUUGCCUUUGGAUUUCUUUUCUUGUGAAAAUGUACAUACGUAGCCAGAUGAACAUUUUAAAAGUAAACGGAACGGUUCUGAAACAGAGGUG